AGUAUGAGCUCAGCUCAUCAGUGCAAUCGCCUACGUCGGCCGCAACGGUCGGAGUCAGACGACGACGGUGGAGGAAAACACGACCAGAAAGCGAUUAAUGGAUUUAUCACCACUCCGGCUGAUGACUUUGUUGUCCCUGUGUACAUUGGCUGCAUGUUGAUAAUGGAUUAUGUGUUUCACGCCUCACCGAGAAGCCUUUUAACGCCCAGUCAGCAACCCGAGUUCGGUCACUGACGCUGGAGCUGCUCAAGUUGUAAUAAGAUACUCUCAUGCUCCUGGCCAGUGAUCUACCCUUGCAAUGGCAGUCUUCAGCCACCAGGUGCUUUUUGCCGUGACAAGAUCCAGGGGAUCAUAUUUGUUAUCCAAGCGGCACAGCUGCGCUCCGCUAUCUUCCAGAGCCUACCUCCAUAUCGAACCUCCACACAAUAUCUCUUCAACAAACCCACUCAGGCACUCCCGCUAUGGACACCCCCACAGUUACCAAGGCCACAACUUGGGCUCUGUCCCGCUAGCCCGCUCUCUGCACAGUUCAUGCAUUUGGCUCCAAGAAAUAAAACACGACGAGAGCAAAACGCCGUCCCCGGGCCAGAAUUCAGUAUUGGACGAGAAAAAGGACACUGCGUCUGCUGUAGCCCAACCACAAACGGCAUCGACAUCCACCGCUGCUGCCGCCACUGUGCCUGCAGCACAGGAGAGGGCCGUGGUGAAGAAGGCUCUGUAUCUCAGAAUCGUUGAUGAGCUGAAGCAUUACUAUAAUGGCUUCCGGUUGCUUGGCAUUGACACCAAGGUUGCAGGCAGGAUGGUGUGGAGGUUGCUGCACGGACAGAUCCUCACACGCAGAGAAAGGAGGAGGCUGAUGAGGACCUGCGCUGACCUCUUCCGUCUGGUGCCCUUCAUGGUGUUCAUUAUUGUGCCCUUCAUGGAGUUCCUCCUUCCAGUCUUCCUCAAACUCUUCCCAGAGAUGCUUCCCUCCACCUUCGAGACAGAGUCCAAAAAGGAGGAGAAGCAGAAGAAGGGUUUGGCUGCAAAGCUGGAACUUGCCAAGUUUCUCCAGGAGACCAUCGCUGAGAUGGCUCGUAGGAACAAGGCUACGGAGGAUGAGACGCAGCGCUUCUCCACAUAUGUUCAGCAGGUUCGGGUCACUGGCGAGCAGCCCACCACGAAGGACAUAGUCCGCUUUUCCAAGCUGUUUGAGGAUGAGCUGACGCUAGAGCACCUGGAACGCCCUCAGCUGGUGGCUCUGUGCAAACUACUGGAGCUGCAGCCCAUCGGCACCAACAACUUGUUGCGCUUUCAGCUGAUGAUGCAACUCAGGACCAUCAAAUCAGAUGACGAGAUGAUUGCAGCAGAGGGUGUGGCAGCUAUGAGUGUGUCAGAACUGCAGGCAGCUUGUCGCAGCCGUGGAAUGCGAUCUCUAGGACUCACCACAGAUCAGCUACGACUGCAACUGCAGCAGUGGCUGGACCUGCACUUAAACGAGAACGUUCCUCCAUCACUGCUGCUGCUCUCCAGAGCCAUGUACCUGACUGACCUCAAACCCAAGGCCCCAGUCAUCCCGCCUGUACCCAAACUUGAGAAAGCCACAGUGGCGAAAAAUGGGAGCUCAGAUAAUGCUGACAUCCUGGCGGACCCUGCACUCAUCAUCAAAGACACAACGACCGAAGAGAUAAGGAACAAGGCUCCUGUCAUGUCGGACAAACCUCUUACUGCUGCUGAAGUCCUCCAGGCUAAAGCAGCCACUGAGGUAUCCCAGAAGAGCAAAAUGAGUGCCAAUGGUGUCUGAGGAGCAUGAGCAUCUGGACUGAAAAGGAGCAAUUAAUUUAAGCAUCCAUGAGUCCACAGUGUGUGGAGAUGACAGGCAUUCUGAUGUCAGUGGACAAGCAAUCAAUUGUUUACAUCAUUCUAGCUCCUAUUUGAUUUAGAGAGUAAGUCGUCGCUGUGUCUUUUCGCCAUCGGUGUUAAUACUAGAUGAUAUAAAAUGGAAGUUGCCACGUUGUCAUACCAUCAACUCCACAGAUUUCACAUCCAGCCACUCUUCAGUGCUCCGUAUUCCUCCUAUCAUUUUAAGAAAAUCAGCUUGAUUCAUUGAAAUGCUCCCUUUUGUUCCAGACGGCGUCUUCCUUGUGUACAUUUGUAUAUGUAGUGUAUAGUUUAAUUUCUGUGCGUUAUCACAGCAGCAGCUUUGUACAGUUUGCUAUGUAAACUCAUGAAAUUAUCAAGUUCCCUUUGUUAGCAUUUCUGGUGCACCCAGUAACCGUUCCAUUCAACGUGUAACAAAGGCUUGAUCAUCCACUUUUCAAAAACACUUUUGGUUCACCUCCAUCCGGUUUCUCUGCUAAGUCGGACCAUGUCCAGAUCUGGAGCUUCCAUCAUUAUUCCAUGUCAUUUAGUUGACUGGAACAGAACAGUAGCUAGAAAAAUAAGAUUGGUGUGUUUUUAAAGAGAGAGCUAACUCCUUUCACAUGGACAAGACUGAAAGUGCAGUCUUCAUCCUCUGGUUCAAAUGCCGCUUUACACUUCAAAAACAAAACAUUAUAAUACAGUGUAUGUAUUGUGUUUUAUUGCUGUGAUGCUUAGAUUUCAUUAAGCUGAAGAGAAUAUACUUGAUGUUAUCCAUGAAGAAAUUAUAUUUAUGAGAGAAUCUUAAAAGCUACAAACUAAUAUUCAAGGCAUUAUUUUUUUAUGUGCUUUUACAAAGAUAGAAAAGUGUAACAAUAUGACUGAUUCAUUCAGUUACCCUUUGCAUUACUAUCUUAAACAUACUAAGUUGACCACGUAGUAUAUUCUAUGUUGAUGCAGUUUUUUGAUUUGGCAAACCCUACCUGCGUUCAUUUAGAAUGAUCACUACUAGAUUAAAUAUCUCCUGUUAUUUAUCAAUAGCCACCUACCAGCAGUGGAUUCCAUAGAUGAAAUGUUUUUUUGGGAAAUGAAGAUUGAUGUUUUGGUUUUACAAAUGUGCCUAAAGUUAAAAGGCUUUUGGUUUCUUGGUUUUCAUUAUUGUAUCUGUGACUGUAUUCAAAGCGCCAUUUGCACCUUUUUCCUCUUUGUCCCAAGUACAUCCUUUAUGAACUGUUAAGUACAGUGCCUUGCAAACGUAUUCACCCCCUUGGAUAUUUGAUCCUUUUAUUUGCUUUUAUUAAUUUGUCAAUUAAAUUGUCAAUUAAAAAUACAGUAUAUAGGGUACAGUAAAUGACUGCAUAAAUAUUCACCCCCUUCAAGUUACGUAGUAUACAAGCGACCCACAAACACGCACACCUGGGCUUGUACUUAGCCACUCUAGUACAUUUGCCUUUUUGUCUUUUACUGUAGCUUUAGCAGUAUGCUUUGGAUUAUUGUCUUGCUGGGAAAUAAACCUGCUUCCAAGGCGUGGUUCUCUUGCAGGUUGAAACAGAUUAUCGUCCAGGAUUUGCCGAUGUUUCUGCGUUCAUGUUCCCCUCAACCUUGACAAGUCUUCCAGCGUCUGCUUCUGAGAAUCAUUUGCCUGGAACUUAAUUGCCACAGUAAAAAAUGAUGAGGUUCUACCCUGUUUGCAGGCUAGUUCGCCUUCAUUUCACGCAUUUGCUAAAUCAUCUUAUUAAUGCUUAACGUUACCAUGGUAAAUACAACAUCUUGAUUAAAAUCACGAUACCCCCAGCA